GAAAGCUUCCGUCUUCUAGCCUCUAGCCUGGUUUGGGUUUGGGCGAAAAGGGACAAAUUAGCCGCGCCCCCAACCUUAACCUGGGACAUUUCGUGCAAGGAUAGUUGUCUCUUUUUUGUAUGUCACAGGGGACCCUAAAACUUCAGCUCUUUCCAGGACAUACAGUAACGAAGCUUUUGUCUAUAGUCAUCUCGAUUCCAAAAGCCCAGACCGUUUGUACGGUAUCGUUAACUGUUAGCUAACGCUAUGUUAGUGUUAGCUUGCUAAUAGGUCGUCCUCUCGUUUAGUGAGAAUUAGCAAGUUAUGUAUUGUUAGCCAAAUGUGCCUAUCCUAGAUGCUAGCUUUGAUGGCUGGUUUACCUACAUGUAGUUAUGCGUUUUGGUCGAGUGUACUCUGUUAUGUGUUGCUAAACCUCGCGAUAGCCAGUAGAAGGGAAAAUCAUUGCAUUUGAAGUAAUGUUAACACACUCUGUUGGCUAGCUAACGUUAGCUGAUAUGUUAAAUGGGAAUAUACUGUUAGUAGUAAGUCUUGCUAGCUAGUGUGGCACGUUACUAGUCUGAAGAAUUGCUAACAGACUUAAAUGUAAUGUUAGACCACUUGAUGUCGGCAUCAGAAAAGGCUAUUAGUAAGUGUCUAGCUUGGCUCAUUAGUUUCAGUGUAGUUUCAUAUGCAUACAGCUCAACAAAGCUAUUUUACCUACUCUCAAUUAGCUGUCUGUCGGUAAUGUCAUGCUAACGUCAGCUGGUUAACUUUGGCUCUAGUAAGCUUGUUAACUUAGCUGACUAGAACCUAACUGACAGGUUAAGUUGCCAGGUAUUCUACGGCGUUUGUUCGAUUUGACAUCAGUUAGUUGUGGGUGUCCAGGUAUGCUGCUUAGUUUAUAAGUUAAUACUUGAUAUAAAUUAAUCUUUGAAAUUCACUAUGACUGUAAGAUAGCUAUCAUAGCUAGUUGGUUAGCUUUAUCGCCUUUGCUGAUUUAGCUGACCAGGUGUGUGUUAAUUGUUUUGUUGACACCAUCCUGUGACUGAGCGACUGUAACUUUAAAGCAACCCCUGUUUAAAUUGUAUUUUUGUAAGUGGAAAGGGUUAUCCAACGUCAUAUAUCUUAAAAGAACACAUCUACAGGUUGAUAUAGGCUGCUAAGUAAGCUAGAAGUUGAAGACAUCUGACUGACAGAUAAGACAUGGCCCCCAAAAGACGACCGGUGCCGCUCAACAUCUCCACUGUUGGGGAAGGACAGCCCACGUCCACCACUAUAGAUGCUGCUUCUGAGGCCAACCUGGAGGCCCUGCAGAAGAAGCUGGAGGAGCUCGAUCUGGAUGAGCAACAGAGGAAGCGCUUGGAGGCCUUCCUUACCCAGAAGGCCAAGGUGGGCGAGCUCAAAGACGACGACUUCCACCGCAUCUGCGAGCUGGGUGCCGGCAACGGUGGCGUGGUGAACAAAGUAUGCCACAAGCCCUCGGGGCUGGUGAUGGCACGCAAGCUCAUCCACCUGGAGAUCAAACCGGCCAUCCGCAACCAGAUCAUCAGAGAGCUGCAGGUGCUGCACGAGUGCAAUUCGCCCUACAUCGUGGGCUUCUACGGAGCCUUCUAUAGCGACGGAGAGAUCAGCAUCUGCAUGGAACACAUGGACGGUGGAUCACUGGAUCAGGUGCUGAAGGAGGCCAAGAGGAUCCCAGAGGAGAUUCUGGGUAAAGUCAGCAUAGCGGUUCUAAGGGGUCUGGCGUACCUCCGCGAGAAGCAUCAGAUCAUGCACAGAGACGUAAAGCCCUCUAACAUUCUGGUGAACUCUCGUGGUGAGAUCAAGCUCUGUGACUUCGGGGUGAGUGGCCAGCUCAUCGACUCCAUGGCCAAUUCCUUUGUGGGCACUCGCUCCUAUAUGUCGCCAGAGCGCCUGCAGGGCACCCACUACUCUGUGCAGUCGGACGUGUGGAGCAUGGGCCUGUCACUGGUGGAGCUCUCCAUUGGCCGCUACCCCAUCCCCCCGCCGGACCCCCGCGAGCUCGAGGCCAUCUUCGGACGCCCACUAGUGGACGGAGCGGAUGGGGAUGCUCAGAGCACCUCACCCAGACCAAGACCGCCCGGGAGACCAGUCAGUGGGCACGGGCCAGCCAUGGCCAUCUUUGAGCUGCUCGACUACAUCGUCAAUGAGCCCCCUCCCAAGUUGCCACAGGGCGUGUUCACCUCAGACUUCCAGGAGUUUGUCACCAAAUGCCUCAUAAAGAACCCUGCAGACCGUGCGGACCUUAAGAUGUUGAUGAACCAUACCUUCAUUAAGCGCUCUGAGGUGGAAGAGGUGGACUUUGCUGGAUGGCUCUGCAAGACCAUGGGCCUAAACCAGCCCAGCACUCCGACACGCAUCACGGACUGAGACACACACACCCACACACACACACACACACACACACACACACACACACACACACACACACACACACACAUACAUACACACACACACACACACACUGUGCUAAGUGACAGAUUCUCUAGCACGUACAUGUACCAACUUGAUGCCUGUGCUCUGUACUUCCACAGUGUGUGAUACACACACACACACACACACACACACACACACACACACACACACACACACACACACGCCAAGUAUGGUAGAGUCUGAAUCACCAGUGUCAUCAGGACCCCCCCCCCCUUAUGCCCUGCAGGGAUAUCCCAAGAUGCUUUGGGGCAACUUUCAAGCCCCACACCAUCGGUUCCCCAUUAAUGCAUCAUUCUGAUAGGUUAAUGCAUCUGUCAGUCACUUUCCCUCCACUUCCAUUGGCCCAGUGUUUGGUCCUGAUGUCCAAUCGGAAAUGAGGUGUGUGUGUGUUGCAGACACGGCACAAAUGGCACCUUGGGGGGUUCACGUCAAGAGGACUCGGCCUCCACAGACUGUAGACGGUGUGGUCUCUGCUCUCACAGACUGUAGACAGCGUAGCCCACUGAUGCUAGCAGGAUCAUGCUAGUGCUAACGUGUUUAGCAAGAUGUCCGAUUCUCGAGUCGAGCUUAGACAUGCACUGUGAAGGCAGCACAGAAGUUAUCAGAAGUAAUUUCAAUAUCUUACACACACACACACACACAGAAGCGUGCAUCAUACUGGCCUUCCUCAUUCACCUGGUACCACAAAGAGAAAGACCAAAUCUGCACUCAGUUACAACAUCCCAAAUGGACAUAGAGUGUAUAUAUAUAUAUAUAUAUACUAUAUACAUUUAUUAUAUUAGCGAGGCAUGGGCCUCAACUGGGCGCAGUGAUAUUUAAGUAUAUUUCAGAUAUAUUUCAGCUUUGUGAGUAAAAACUGAACUGAACUUCCUGGUGGCUGCGCAUGCAGAACUCUGUUGCGUUUUGUUUUCCAUGUUCCCCUUUGUUUGUUGCUUUUUCCCUGUUGCUUCCUAGUGUCUCUCUUUGCCAGAAGUUCAAAAGCUGCUGCAAGGGUGAUUUGAUAUGUAUACUCUUAUGUAUCUGGGGAAAUGGACAGGAGUGUUGUUUGUUUUUGUUUUGAGUUUUUUUUUGUGUGUAUAUAUCACCACCCCACACACACACAGGUGUCUGCAUUUUGCUGCACCUCUCGUAUGUUCUCAAACAGCUGUCUACCAUCUUUACACACAACCCCACACACAUAGGAUGCAUCUGACAGGGUUAUGCGUUUUGCCCCAGCGUAGGUUAGUAUUCCCCUGUCAGUUGUAGAAUAAUAAACAGCUUACAGCUUGCGCCAUGAGUGCUGUAGCCAGCAGCCAACCCUUGAACAGGGGCGUUCUUCUCUGUUCCUGGAUCAGUGUUGGCUCCAGACGUGGUGUCCAAUUCAGAGAUGUGUUUCCUAGGACGCUGUGGGACUGUCUACCAUACUGCAGAAGAGCGCCCUGAGCCCUGGCACAGAGCCUGGCAUAACAGUGGAGUGGGGGGUGGGCAGUCCUGAGGGCAUGAACUGAGCUGAGCCAUCUAGGGGCUCACAGCAUCUGUGGGUCAGGUGGCUAUCAAGGGCUUUACCAGUGAUGUAGGGCCAUACUUGCUUAUCUUUUGUUGAGAGAUAAUAAACAGUAGGUGAUGGGGAGCUAUAUUGAUAAGUUAUAUGAGAAGUCAAGUCUUAGUGUUCAAUACCUUAUAUACACACAUCAGAUUGGGGAGUUCUGAGGUGGGGGUGGCUUGGGCAUUUUCUCUUGUCUUGUUUUCUUGCUCUUUUCUUUGGCGCUCUUGAACCUCCCUCAAUCACAAUUUCAAAUGGAGAAUGGCGCCACCUAGAGGCAGAGUUAUGUUAUUUUAUUUUGGUCUUUUUAAAUGUCAUUAUUGUCAAUAAAAGAUGGUGUGUAAGAUCACA